AGGACGACGAGGUUUAACUCGCCGGAUCCUUAGAAUGCAUACGCCAAUCUCUCCGUCUUCUCUUCCUUUGCUUAGGUUAAAACCCGAUUUGCUCUGUUAGUCCCUAUGUGCGGAGCCAACACUUGGGGGAAAUUAUAGUAGCAAUCUGAUUUUCAGGAACUAAUAAUGGGGAAAAAGGGCAGGAAGAGUAAUCGAGGACCUCCUAGGGGACGGGCGGUGGCCCAUUCUCCAAAGACUGUAUCCCAGGAGAAGAAUGCUAAUAUUGAGAGAGUUGAUGAUGGAGUUAAGGUAAUAAAGGAGAAGAAACUAUGUCCUCAUCUUGAAAAUGGUGUUGAUUUGGAUAAGUUGGCUGCUAAACUUCAGUCUUCAGCGCCUAUUAGGUGUGAAGAUUGUAGGGAAAGGGUAAAUGAUAGAAGAGUGGGUAAGGGAAAGGGUAAAAGUGGAAAGAAGAAGGGAAGUGCUUCACUUGAUUCAAAACCUGAGUCCAAAGUUUGGGUUUGUUUGGAAUGUGGGCAUUAUGCUUGUGCAGGAGUUGGGUUGCCAACAGCUGAUCAAUAUCAUGCUGUUCGGCAUAUUAGGCAAACACGCCACCGUUUGAUGAUCCGAUGGGAUAACCCCCAGUUACGAUGGUGCUUCCCUUGCAGUACUCUCCUUCCAAUUGAGAAAACAGAAGAGAAUGGUGAAACUAAAGAUGUUUUAGCAGAGGUUGUAAAAUUAUUAAAGCAGCAAUCAUCUGAAGCAUCAGCCUCACAAGUUGAUGUUGAGGAUGCCCGGUUUGGGAGUGGCACUGUUCUGAGUGAAACCAAGUCAGAAGUGCUUGUCCGUGGCAGUUUAGAUGGAACAGGUAGUUAUGUAGUCUGUGGUUUGGUUAAUCUUGGGAAUACAUGCUUUUUUAAUUCAGUUAUGCAGAAUCUUCUGGCACUAGAUAGGUUGCGGGACUACUACUUGAAUCUGGAUACAUCUGCAGGGCCACUUAGUAUUUCUUUGAAGAAGCUCCUUGCUGAAACAAAAGUGGAGGCAGGCUUGAAAAAUGUGAUAAAUCCCAAAGUCUUUUUCGGUUGCAUAUCUUCCAAGGCUCCCCAGUUUAAGGGCUACCAACAGCACGAUAGUCAUGAAUUGCUUCGGUUCUUACUUGAUGGAUUGUGUGCUGAGGAAUUGGGAUUCAGAAAACAAAUCAAUGCUUCUAAAGACAUAGCUUCCUCAAACCAGGAUCCUACUCUUGUUGAAGCUUUAUUUGGGGGCCAAAUUUCUAGUACUCUCCGUUGUGUGGAAUGUGGGCACUCCUCAACAGUAUAUGAACCAUUUCUAGAUCUUUCACUUCCAGUUCCAACUAAAAAAGCCCCAUCUAAAAGGGUUCAAUCAGUUCCUCGUGCCAAGAAAUCAAACCUGCCACCCAAAAAAACUGGUAGGAAUCGACCAAAGGUUAACAAAGAUGCACAUCCAGUACCAGGCCAAAGUAGUUCAAAACCAUCACCUAGUGGUGAAUCUCACUCUUCAGGCCCAGUACAUGCAGCUGUACCUCCAGGAGAAAAGAUAAUGGCAUCUUCAGUUGAUUCUGCACUAUCAGGUACAGUUGGCACCAUGAGUGAGGCCAAAGAAAGCACUUCAGCUUCAGAAAAUCUACUGGCUUUUUCUGAGUCUGAGACUGCUCAAGUAACUAAGAAUUCAACACAGCAAGUGGAAGCUCUGGUAGAUGAUUCGACAUGGUUGGAUUACCUUGAACGAGGAAUUUCUGAUGACAGUGAUUUAAAUUCUCAAUAUAAUGAUGCUUUGUCUCUUCAAGAUUCUGUAAAAGAAGACACUGCUGUGAAUGAAGCUUUGUUGGAGAGUGAUCCAGCUUACAAGCCUGGUGGAGACCCCAAUGUGAAACCCAAUAAUUCUUGUGCGAAUCUUGGUGAAGAGGAGCAUCCUUUACAGGUUAAAGAUGCUGAAAUUCUGCUUCUUCCUUACUAUGAAGAAAGUUCCUCUACCAAGGAAGUUGUGAAAGAAGGUGAGGCCUCCUCAUUAAUUGUGAGCAGUGGACAAGAGGAAUUGGAUUUUGAUGGUUUUGGUGACAUGUUUAACGAGCCUGAAUUUGCUGCUGGGCCCCUUAUUGGGCCCUCUUUGGCUAAUGAGAUUGAAGAAGCUGGUUUUAUGGCUGGAAACGGUAGUGAUUCUGAUCCAGGUGAGGUUGAUAAUACAGAUUCCCCAGUGUCUGUGGAGAGCUGUUUGGCUCUUUUCAUUAAGCCAGAGCUCCUCUCUGAUGAUAAUGCAUGGCAUUGUGAGAAUUGUUCAAACACUCUGCUACAAGAAAGGUUGGAAGCAAAGAACAAGCAGGCUCAAAUGUUGCAGAAUUUAAUCAGCGGAGGUAAGGCUCAAAGUUAUAGCAAAUCACCAAAUUUAGAUAAGGAUCGUUUCAGUACUUCUACAGUUAAAAGUUUUAGUAAUGGUGAUAUUAGUACGGAAAUUUCUCUUAACACUUAUGGUGAAAGUUCACUUUCACAUGCUGAGAGAAUUGAUUUCUUGAAUCCAAAUGGUAAAACAGUUGGAAAUGGUGAACCAGAUAAGCUCAAUUCAGGUGUUUCUCUAUUUGACGAAGGGAAAGGUGAGAUAGAAGAUGCAAGUGGGGAGAAAGCAACUUCUGUAGCUCAUUCUGAAUCUCGUGGUCAAGAGAGUUCCAGUGAGUCUCAAAUCAUUGAGUCUUGUACUACUGGAAGUCAUUGUGGUAGUCAUAAAUUUCAGCAGAGUGAUUCAGAGAUUGCUGAAAACUGUCAAUCAGGGCAGAGUGAGGAUGAGGAGAUAAACUCCAAAAGCAUGAAGGUUAAGAGAAAUGCAACUAAGGGUGUGCUGGUAAACAAGGCUCCACCUAUCCUGACCAUCCAUCUGAAGAGGUUCAGCCAAGAUUCUCGUGGUCGCUUAAGUAAAUUGAAUGGACAUGUCAGUUUUAGAGAAAUAAUUGAUCUAAGGCCUUAUAUGGAUAUCAGGUGCACAGACACAGAAAAAUGUCUUUAUCGUCUUGUUGGGGUGGUGGAGCACGCGGGAACAAUGAGAAGGGGCCAUUAUGUUGCAUUUGUGCGAGGAGGUGAUAGGAGGGGUAAGGCAAAGACUGAAGACUGGAGCUCCGUUUGGUAUCAUGUUAGUGAUGCGCAGGUGCGCCAGGUCUCCUUGGAAGUAGUUCUCCGCAGUGAGGCAUACAUCCUAUUUUAUGAAAGAAUUUGAGAUGGAUUCUUUUUUUUCUACAUAGCAGAAGAUGUUUCAUUUCAACAGUGGAUAAAGUGAGAAUCCCCCAGAUGGGGGAACAGGGAUACAUUAAAAGGCCAGAGGUGAGUGUAAUUGUACAAUCAACCAUUACCAUACAGUCUAACGAGUUUUGAGUUGUACAUCACAAAAUUAAAUUAUUAGAAAAGCUUCGGUAUUCUUUUUAUGGGUCGAUUUCUUCAGCAAUUGAAUUUGAAUUCAUUCUUGGGAGUGCACUGUUUAGCCUGGAAUUGCACAUGAAGGAAAUAUUAUAUCAGAAUUUACAAUCUCAUUCUCAACUACCGCUUCAAGGGCCAACAAGGCCUAUUAUGAUGUAAUAGGAGAGAAUAAAUGGAACUAGAGAGAGAUAAUUCUGCACACCCUUCAUAUUUACCGAGGCAUUUUUGCUACGGUCUACCAUUUUACGUUCUCAACUACGUAUGAAUGAUACUCCGUCGAUAUCUACAUUAAGUCUUAAAUGAGUGUCCUUAUUUGUGGCUGAAAUGGGAUGUCUCGGCUUAUAGCUAACAUAAAAGUAGUGUAGGUAU